AGUUCCUUUGGAGCGCUUGUCAACACAACAUGGCAGGAUUACGAAGGAGACACAGCUGCUGUUUUUAGGACAAAUCCAAGGAGACGCGUUUGUUGAGGUGUAAUCCAGCAUUUAUGAUUGAAAUUGGUUCUUUUGUUUCAUUCGGGACUCGUCCCACGUAAAGACAGAUAAGAUCAUGCACAAGUUAACACGAGCAACGGUGGCCUUAAACGGGCUUGGCCGGUGUUUAAUUGCAGAAAAGCAUUUAUCUGCAUUUAAAAUCAUCAGCCGUGGAUUAGUGAGUACUGAUCAUGAGGGUGACUCAAGCAAGAGUGAAGUUUAUGAUGUGGUUAUAUCCGGAGGAGGAAUGGUUGGAUCUGCAAUGGCAUGUUCUCUGGGUGAGUGAAGUUUGCCCAACACUGACUGACAACAUGUGGGUGUGUAACCUCAACUUGUAAUGCAGUUAAAUCUCAAAUUAAAAUAGUGUCAUCGGGGACUGUCCUUAAGCAUAUAUGAAAAUGUUGUCAAACAAGAUUAUUCUGACACUCACAGCUACAUUACAGGAUUCACUGAUGUGCUGUCAGUUCUUUACAAUAAAUACUUUAUAUAUGACAGGCAUGGAUCCCAACUUGGAGGGCAAGAAGAUUCUCCUGCUGGAAGCCGGUAACAAGAAAGUGAUGGACAAGGUCCCUGACACUUACAGCACCAGAGUCAGCUCCAUCAGUCCCGGCUCUGCCACCCUCCUCAGUGGUACAGUAUACAGUUUUGAAACUGACACAGAAUAUCAUAGCUUUUGUCAUUAUUGUGUUAUGGUUUUUGUUUGUGAUGGGUACACAAGGGACGGUUUCACAAGUUAUUUUGAAAGGUAGCUAUUUUUGUGGUGAUUAGCCUUCUACCUGGGAGUAGCCUGAGGUGCGAGACUGUUAAACAUCUCCCGCACAGUAAGCCUGGGAUCAGACACUGUCCAGUUUCCAGGGCUUUGAGGGGAUCAUAUUUGACCUUGAUUGCUACUGAUCUGAUAGCUCUACCUGGAUCUUCCCUGACGCAGUAGUUUUUUCUUAAUUUCUCUCAUGUACAGCUGACAACCAAGCUGCAGAUGGGAAAUUUUUCAAUGCCCAGUCUGUAGCCAAAAGUAAGUCUCUGAGUGUAAGAGAUUAGGGAGAGGUAAAGUCUUGGGUAUCAGAUUGUGUAACUUAAUCUGGGAUGGAUAGACUUGUCUUUGUAACAGGUUUUUUUGUCCUAAAUCCACCAUCCUAUGUCUCGGAACAACUAUAAAUAGCUAAAUGUUAAUCAGUCAAGACCUGUGUUAUAUGCUAUUUUAAGCGUGAGGGCUGCGCCAUACCGCCACAUGUGACUCUUGUUGUAAACGGCUGCUCACCCACUACAGCAAACAGCCAACACAGUUUAAUAUAUCCUUUUUAUGUCCACCAUAUAGAUGGAGAGUCUUAGGGCCUUAUUUCACACCUGGAACUGAGUGUCUCAGUGUGUAAUGCAAUUUUAUCCACCCAUGGUGCUUAUCAUUUCUACACCCAGUGCCCACACUGAUUAAACAGCAAGAGAACCUUCUGCUUAUCUGUCUAUCCAUGGGUGUACUGGUGUUAAAAUGAAGUAGAGUCAGGCACAAGGGUGUUGCAUUGCCAGCUUGAGGAUGCAGAAAGUGUUUUAACCUUAGACAAACAAAAGCCUGGUGGAAAAUCUUAAAUCAGUGGUCUGGUAUGGCUUAGAAGGUGCAUCAGUGAGACAGUAAUAUAGGCCAAAGAGUGCAUUCCUUUGCUUUUUACACACAAACAGACAUACAGCAGUAUAUUGUUUUUGAUUCUCCAAAUAUUACUUUUGGUGCUAAUGACCAUGGUGCCCCCAGAUAUUGGUAAGGAGUAACCAGUUGAUAAUGCGUGCUGCACAAAAUAAAGCAGUGUGAUCCAGCUGCAUAAAUGAGUAAAUUAUAGCCUACCUUUCUUUGAUGUCAAGCAUAUAAGAUGUUAGUCAUCCGGGGUGUCUGAUACUUUUGACGUGUCCUGAUUUCUUAACUAUCAAUGAAGUUAUAUGGCUGUUUCAUUGGUGUAUAUGUACAAGCCUGUUGAGUGGGAAAAUCUCUGACUGUCUCUCUUGGACAGAGGAAGUGUUUCAGUAGAUAUUACAUCAAUCCAUCAGACAGCAUUACUCAUUCAGUGACAUGUGGGUGUAUUUGCAUUUUUUUGCAAAUUGCAAAAUUGCAAAAUUCAAAGGAGAGAAGUUAGAUGUGCCCUUCUACAUUAAUCAAUCAAUCAAUCAAACUUUAUUUUUAAAGCACUUUUCAUACAUGGAAUGUAGCACAAAGUGCUGUCCAUUCGUGGAUAUAAAAAAAAAAAACAAUAAAAAUAAAUACAAAUACAUAUAUCAAACCCCACCCACCCUCCCAGCCCCCAUUCAACACAUACAGCACUCACACACUUGCAUACACAAAAGACCAGGACUCUUCAACUUGCCACAGAUGACUAUGUAAAGAGAAAGGAUGAAAUCUGCUUUGUGAGUAGCAAUACGCCUGCCUGCAGACGCACCAGACUCUUAAAAGGAAUGAGAGCAGUCAAAAUGAUUUUGAUUUUGGUUUGAUUCAUGUUAUACCCAAAACACACCUUUUAAUACUAAAGGGACUUAAUUCAACCUCUUUGUGCCCUGUGUAUCACUUAGCGCCAAGAUUGUGCGUCACUGAACUAACAACAUGCGGUUAGGUACGCCCCAUUUUACCUUGCACAAUGCAUGAAAGACCAUGUGUUUUAUUUGUUUGAAUAGGGCCCUUAGAAGUACACCUAAAGAUAGAUUUUUACAGCAGAUCACACAUUUCAGUGCAACAUUAUUUUAGCCUCAAACAGCGUUUGAGAUUUUUGGAUUUUUAUCAUCUUGUUUAAAAACAGAAAAGAUAUUUAAAUAAUAAAUCAUGCCUUACUUAAAAUUGUAAUAAUUUUUAAGACCCUGCCAAUAAGAAGUAAGGUCCACAACAAUAUUCAAACCAGCAAAGAAUAACCGUGUGCUGCUCACAGCGAGUGAGUCAGGCUAAGAGAGCAGAAUGUUUGACUUGUUUCUAGGUCCUUCACUUAUAUUUAGGUCACAAUUCCUUCAGUCUAAUGAGGCCAUAGAAAAUGAAAUCCAUUGUAUGUUCUCCAUACCAUAUCAGCAGGUUAGCCUUCUGCUUAUUAUGACAAAAAAAAAUCUUUGUCCUUGCUGUUUUAGCCACAGAUAGGUUAUAGGUGUAAGACUAUACAAUUUAACUCCCCUCAAAUAUGUUCAUCCUUUUAAAAGUCACAUUAUUUAACCAUUUAAAUCCUCAUGUGAACAAAGGGAAAUAAAUCUACUGAAUUGUAGUUGUCUCAUUGCUGUUUAAUCUGUUCAUUUCAUCCAGAAUUAGUAUUGUAAAUGUUUUUCUAUGUGUUUGACAUCCUUAGGUAUUGGAGUGUGGGAAAACAUCACAAAAAUGAGGUGCAAGCCCUACAAAAAGAUGCAGGUAUGUUAAGCUCUGUCUUAUGACUCCAUUUCUUUUCUUAUUCAAAAUGAGUGCAACGCAGGCAAACAGAAACUAUCAUUGCUCUGGUAUCUAAAAAGCUUCAGAAAGUAUCAUAAAAGAAUAAACUGCAGGCGUUGAGGCACUGUGCAUCCCCCAAAGUCAUUAUACAUCCUAAACUUCAUACGUCCUCCAGACUUUCUAAUUUACAGGCAUAUGUAUGUAUUUCUGUCAUCCAUCAAUCAUGGCAGCAUGCAAUUUGCGGAGGGUGAAAUCUGUGACUCUCAGCUUCUACUCAGUCAUUCAGCUUAAUGAACAAGCAACACAAUACAGUAUCAUAUAAUCAUGUGCAUGGUAUGUAAUCGUUCACAUUAAAAUGGCAAACGGUGGUUUCACAGUGGCAGCAUGCAUUUUGUUCAUUCCUCAGAGGCAUUUAUGCCCUUUCAGUAGCUUUGCAAGAUCUGCCGCACAAAGAAUGCCAAAGCACACAAGGUGAAUUUAAGACAAGGCCAUCCCUGCGUGUUUUGAAAGCUCUCCAACCAAGUUUGAUCAAUUAGAGCCAUGAUUUUCAAUAUAAGGUAAAUCAUUUUUGAUGUCUUUGAAUUGCUUUUUCUCACGUCUAGUAAUUAUCAAGAUUCAUGUUAACAACGGUAAAAAGAUGAAAGAUUAGGAGUGUGGUUGUUUGCUGCAGAGUGAUCCAGCUUACGGCUGUGGGUGCAGGCUCAGGCCCUCUUGUAAGAUGUGGUCGGCGUGUACCAAACACCCAACCACAGGGUUUCUCUCUGGGCCUAAGAUGUCAUCAUGCACUGCCUUCCAGUGAUUAUGGUAGUGUACCUCUCCCAUUAUACCUUCACUCUGCCACCGCUGUUUUGGCUUGUUUGUCCAUUGAAUUGCAGUCAUAUCCAUCUCAGCCAUGGCACAGGAAAGUAUGUACUGCAGGUCAGCUUUAAAUAACAUUCUUUCCAUGCUGUAAAAUGCUGUUCCACCUUAAACAUCCAGUUAGCAUUGAGGUUUUAGACUUGAAUCAGAAGGUGAGCACAAUUUUUUCACCGUCAACACGUCAUUUCUUCUUUUUUUUUGCUGUAAAGUUGCACCGAUGCGUAUUGUUCAAAUCUUGCAGAGAAAGUAUGCACCAGCCCAAAAGCUGCAUCAUUUCACCCCGCAUUAAACAAACCCAAAACAAUUUUGGGCUGGUCUCAGUAAAUCUUUCUUCCCAACCACUUAUCACAAGCUGCAAACCCACUGCCAUUAGUGGUUUUCUGUAGAGUAUAUCCCCCUACUUUAUGGCGAGUUGGAAAAAAGGAGUACAUCAGCAUAUUACUGCACAAUGAUGGGUUCUGUCACCAUAGUUACAAGCCCAGAGAGGAUUAACCUUGUAGAAACACUUUUUUACCCCCUCAUGUUGGACUCAGAUGGUGCUUCCAGGGUUGGAAUUAAGAAGUCUACGAGUAAAUCUCAUUCUGCCACUUUGGGUUGCGGGUAAAUAUUGAUUCAGCCUGUGUGUACACAAACAUGUCAUUUGUUAUUUGCCUUUCCAAGAAAAUGCUUUUAAAAAUCCACAUCACAAAAAUGUCAAGUCCAUUAAGUUAAAGUCAGUCGUCCAGCUAGAGGGUGUUGGUGAUCACCAGAAGUGCUGGGUUUGAUGUAUGCAUGCUGUGCCAACCUCCGAAAGUAGCAAAAAUCUUUGAUGUGUUGAGCUAAGUGAAGCGGCAAUUCUCUGCCCAGCUAUAUAUAAGAGAAGGGGAUGCAUUUAAGGAUAGACUCGGAGACCACAGGCAUAAUUGGUCUCUCAUUUAGGUUUGGGAUGCCUGCUCAGAUGCCCUGAUCACUUUUGAUAAGGAGAACCUGGAGGAGGAGAUGGCAUACAUCGUGGAGAACGACGUCGUUGUGGCUGCUCUCACCAAGCAGCUGGACAGCCUGUCCGGUAAGCAGAGCAUUUAUGAUAAAAACAUGAAUCCCCCACAGCAGCAACACUCUGUGAGAGCUUUUCAGUCCUGCUCCAUCUGCCUAAUAGAUGCUGAGUCUGCCACCACAUUUAUUCCAUCCUGUCCCCAGGUUUCUGUGUAUUUGUUCCCCCUCCUGGUGUUUUCAAAGACAACUACAGCUCUUGGAGGCGUUUGUGUUUUUCCUGCAAUUUCAAUCAAAACCUCACAUUUUGGGAGCUUGCGGAGCCCCGGCACCCUCUGUUGACACGUGAAGUGGUCCAGUGACCUAUUUAAAGCUGCCAUGUGCUCCCAAGCUUUGCCACCUCUUGAGACACGAAAGCGCUGACAUUGUGUAGUGCCGCUUUGCUGUUGACAUUAGACCAACUUUUGUGAGGUUCGCAAAUAAAACUCCGCUCCGCUUCGUGCUUGACAGUUAAAGUGGCAUAUUUAUAAACAGUUUUCAACAUUUUGUGCCAAACAACGGAUGUGUGGUUGCAGCACGUUUUUGCCUCAUGUGCCUGCCAUUCGUCCGCCUCUUUCUCUUUUUCUCUCCCGCUUUUCUCUUUUUAGCUGUGCUGCUGUUGUGCUCAGUGCAGUACAUGAAAAGUGCUCCAGGCCAGCUGUUUUCAAUGUUACCCAGCUCUCCAAUCACUGGAAACCCAUUUUUGAUGUCGUGUUCAGGAAGCAGUAGCAGUGCAGCGGAUGGAUCCUGCUCCAACUCAGCCCGAGCCAGCGUCACCCAGAGAUCCUUUCAUGUUUGGGAUGACCAGCUGCUGAUAUUUUAGGAAGAGGGGCUGUUUUAACGCAAAAUUCAACCAGCUGGCAGCAUGUGCAAAGCGUGGCAUGGUGCUCCUGUAGAUAAACACCAUUAGUCAGUGCAAAGUGACAGGCCAAGAUCAUUAAGAAGACCGUCAAAUGUGAACUUCAGCAGCUUGCAUGUGCCAGGGAGGAAAACCAGUGGUGUUUUACGAGGUGGUUUAUAGAUCUUCCACUGCUUGGGCUGCAGGCAAACCAUGCUCGCGUUUUGACCGAAAAAAAGUUGCAAAGCGCUGAUUUCGUGUGAUGAUACAAACAAAAGGCCACGACCAAUCCCUUUGUUGCGAGAGAGUCACGCCAUUGUAAUUUAAGGACCUCUGCUUUUAUGCUGGGAAGCUGCCUUUGAAGUGACCAUUUUUAUGCCUUCGUUGUCCAUCAGAUAACGUGCAAGUGAAGUACAGGUCCAAGGUGGUGAAGUACACAUGGCCAAUGCCGCACCAGUCUGUUGAGUCCAUCCCAUGGGUGCAGGUCAUGCUCGCCAACGGAGAAACUGUUCAGACCAAGCUGCUGGUCAGUUUGGCUCUACAAUGCAAACUUCAAAUUUGCUCCCUUUUUUGUUUCUUGUUGUUGACAGUUUUCCUCUGUCUGUGUUUUUCAGAUUGGUGCAGAUGGGCCAAACUCAAUGGUUAGGCGGGAACUCAGAAUACCAACAGUCAAGUGGAAUUAUGACCAAUCUGCUGUGGUUGCUGUGCUGCACCUUUCAGAGGUUAGCUUCACCUUCACCAUAUGAAUGCGGUGAAAUUAUUGUUGCUUUCCUACGUUAUGAAAGUUUCAACUGCGUGUUGUGUUUAUUUCUUCUGCACGCACUAUUGUAUGGUACCGGGUGAAUGCACUGUGUUUUGAAUAUGACAGUAAUUUUAUUGUCACAUCUGUCAGCAUGCAGAGAACAACACACCCACCCAGAAGUACACUUUAUUAUAUCUUGUUUUGGUGUGCAGUAUAUAUAAUUAACACAUAUGCAAUACAAUACAACACCACAAUAUUUCAGUGUUUGAUUUAUGUGUUGGCAGCCCACGGAGAACAAUGUUGCAUGGCAGAGGUUCCUCCCAACUGGGCCCAUUGCAAUGUUACCGGUAAUACAUCUGCAUUUUCUCUAUUUUUUUCCCUCUCCUGCUACAUAUUCAUCGGUCAUAAAAGUAUUUGAUAUCACUCUUCACGCUCUGUACCCUGCAGCUGUCAGACACCGAAAGCUCUCUGGUGUGGUCAACCAGCCACCGCCUGGCAGAGGAGCUGCUUGAGCUGGACGAGGAAAGCUUUGUCGAUGCGAUCAACUCUGCCUUCGUGAGUCUUCUGUCAUCCACCAAGCUGCUGGUGUUGUGUGUAAACUCUGAUUCCACAUCAGUCGAAGAGAUGUUGAUAACUCUCUGCGCAGUGUGCAGCAUAUGGCAGGGGUUCUCCACAGACCCUGUCUCCACGUGUCCAGCUGUUUUCACUGACUCACACAAACUAUAUUGUCAUUGCUGUGCCCAAACUUUAAACAAUACUAAUACUUCACAGCCUGUUUCUUUAUGUUUGGAGAAACUCCUUUUUCCCAAGCUGGCUAUUUUUAAAGGGCCUCUUGAUGGACGGGGUCACCACGGUUGAGUCACGUUUGGUUUCAGGCCUGGUUUGCUAAUUAAACCUGUGGUCUCCCAGUGUCGACCAUUACUGCAUGGAAUGUUUUUCAAACAGAGCUAAUUCAACUGCAUAGCCUGGCCGGCAUCUUCUUUUAAUUAGCACAACUCCCACAGCCCUGCCAAACCAGUCAGUUACAGAGGGAAAAAAAAGCACUUUCACUGGCCUGGAGUUCAGCCUUGCUCCCAUGUCAGCUAAUUUCUUUGUCCACUCAAAGGGAUAACGUCUGUUUUCUCUCUCUUUUGCUGGCAAUUUGUCCUUUUUGUGAUGUGUCUGUGUCUUCUCGCCCGUCUGUGUGCUCUAACAGUGGAGUAAUGAGAACCAGUCAGAGCUAAUUGAGACGGCUGGCUCUCUGUUCCGCGGCGCCCUGUCAGCCAUCAUGCCAUCUGCAGGUUCACCCCGACAGCUCCCCCCAAGCGUGGCGGGGAUCGGCAAAAAGACACGGGUCAUGUUUCCUCUGGGCAUGGGUCAUGCUUCAGAGUACAUCAGGCACCGGGUUGCUCUCAUUGGGUACGAUCGAUAAAACCGUGUGAAUCUUUUGUUUUACUUGUGGUAAUCAUGUUGAGACACUAUGUCUUAUAAACAUAAAAGAGCCCUGACUAAGAUCAGUCAAUCAGUUUUUUCAUUUAUAUCACUACAUAAUUACAGAACUUAGGACACUUGACAAGAAAAGCAAAUUCAUACUUUUAUUUUUUACAUUUAUGGAGCUUAAACUUUGAUUCACUUGGCAACAGUUUGGUAAAUACGUACUUUCAACUGCUUUUCAGGCCAGAGAGAGUCUUUUAAAUUCUAUUCUAGAUAUUACAAAGGAGUCAAUGCAAUGAAGAUAAUAUAGAGAUAUAUGAUAUGAUCUGUUUCCCCUAAAUCUUAAUGGUGUACAAGCUGCAGUAUUUUUGACUAGUUGAAGAGCCUUGAAAUACUUAUCAGGACUGCCGGAUGAUAUAGAAUUGCAAAAAUCUGAUUUUUAAGAAAAUAAUGUUUCUAUACCAUUUCAGCCAGGUUGUCACUGAGUUUGACCAACGUUAAAAAGGCGCCCACUUCAAAGAGUUAAGUUUUAGGUGACUCGAUUGGCUGGGUACCAAAGUUUGAGGAGUUGUUGUAAAACAUAAACAAGAAGAAUUUUGAUUUUUAAGUAAAAAUACUGAUUGCCAAAUUCCCCAAAUCUGCUUUUAGCGUGUGCUUUUGAGCUGCAAAUGUUAUACUUAACAUGUAAGGGAACUUCCCACAGCGAUCUUGCUCCGUGCAUAAAAUAGCACACUGUGAGUCAACACAGGGGAUAUGUUUGUCUUUGCAGGGAUGCAGCCCAUCGGGUCCAUCCUCUGGCGGGUCAGGGAGCCAACCUGGGCUUCGGGGAUGUGGCUUGCCUCACGCAGCUCCUCAGCCAGGCGGCGUUUAACGGGAAGGACCUGGGUCAGUGAGAACUCUAAACAGACACAAACGCCACGACCAAGGCGUAGUGGUUUCCUCUAAGCUCUUUUCCAUAGCUCCAGCUCAAAUGCAUGCUGUUGAUCUGAAUUAUAAAAAGCUGCAGCUUUUUCAGUAACAUUUAUUUGACGUUGCUUUUGCUGUUCAUUCUGGCAGGACAUACAUGUCAAGUGUUUUUAAUGAAAGAUAAAAUCCUGCCAUGGGAAAAUGUAUUUAUUUAUUUUCCUCUGUUAAAUUUCCUGAAGUUAAAAUGGCACCUGUAAGUUCACUUAAUACGAAAACCAUAUGACAAGCUCAAAGUCUGACAUUUGUUUUGACUAUUUGUCUUUACAGGAGCGAUACAGCACUUGUUAGAAUAUGAAACUGAACGCCAGCGACACAAUCUGCCCAUGAUGGCUGCCGUUGACCUCAUGAAACGACUUUACUCCACCAACGCCGCUCCAGUGGUCCUCCUACGCACCUUUGGACUUCAGGCCACCAACAUGCUCCCAGCGCUAAAAGUAAGCACGUCUUCCUUUGUAUCUCGGAAACCUGUCCACCACUCUGAUAACAUCAAACACCUGUCAAACUGAAGCUCCGCCCCCAGCUUGACUCCACCCUUCGCCUUCUUUUCUGAUUACACAGAGCUUUACUUUAGCGGUGUCUAUAAUUUCCAGGGCUCUGAACCUACUACUAUGGCAUCUAAGUUUAGCCCCAAAUUUAGUGUUACCAAAAGUGUGUGGGUGGGGUGCAGGGCUGGCCCUGGGGCAGCGGACAGCGGUGUUGGCUUGUGUUUUCACACCCCUUUUAUUACGACCACUCAUGUGAAAUGGCUUUAUACCCUACUAAGUGAUUCAGACCAACACAACUGUAGCGGGUUGUAAAGCUAUUUCACUAUGGAGGCACAAAGUAAAACGUGGCAUUUUCUCCAUAUUAAAUGUUGCGAGGCCGCUGGUUUACAGGUUCUCUUUUAGUGGGUUUUACCAAGCAUGAGUCAAAGGUGACCGAGUUUUUCUGUUGAUGUCUUUUUUUACUUCACAGGAGCAGAUCAUGGCGUUUGCAAGCAAGUGAUGACUUGAUGAUGCUACGGUGGUUGGGGAACCUCCAAAGGCUGUAAAAAUGUGAAUGUAAGAAUAAAGUAUUAAAGAUAUAUUUUAACUCUUA